AUGGUAUCGCCCAAAUCUCACCGAUCGCAUGCGAAUGACCAUAUUGAAGAGUCCAAUACCACGGCCAGUUGGUUUCUAGGUGGCGUGCGGAGGAACUGGAUGGGCCCGCAGGCUAACACGGAGAGCUCGGGUACACCAAAUCUUUCACGCGUCCUUCCAGGCCAUCCCGACUCCUUUCCUCGCGAGAGCUUGAUGUCCCCUGUUACCCCCGGUGAAACCCUCCCUUCCUCACGUGCAGUUCAUCUGGCAAAAAAUCCCGACAUACCGCGAGCGACGGCCCUCCCCUCCCCGGUCCUCAGUACAACUUCUCACCCAAGCCCUGUGAGCGCCAAUGUGAUUGUCUCGAAUCCCCCCACGCUGCCGGUUGCAAAUCAAUUUUCGGUACCGCGCAGAGAGGAUGAACGGAUGGCAGUUCAGCGUCUUCCGUCCGGGCCCGUGGAACAACGUGCAACCCAGAGCCCUCUAGUGAGAACCAGCUGGCCCCAGACACAUUUGCCAUUGGAUACAGGCUCCCAAGAACGCAGGCUGUCGGGCCAGCCUGAGCCACAGGUGCAGAAUGAGGAUGCACUCACGGUCAUCUCCGAGCAGAGAUGGAAGGAAUGGUCCAUUCAAUUGGAUUCUUUGACAGCCAAUUUGCGCGCAAAGGGAGCAUUGCCCCCGGCAGAUUCGAGGGAGCCAAGUAUCGCACGGCCUCGAAUCGAUCUCUUACACCAGGCCAUUAAUCGUAGGGACAGCUUCUAUUUGGUGAUGCAUCAGUUGUACUGCCGGUUGAGUAUCGAUCCAAAUACCUUGGGUCAAAUUAGAGCCCCGGAAGCGGGAAUGAAAUUGCUCGUUCCUCUUUUGGAAGACAAUGGGAAGAUGCACAAAGCUGCCACCGUUGCGUUUGCACAAUUUCCAGCACCGUCGCACCAUCUGAUGCAAUCGAAAUGGUAUCUUCAGGUGUUGACAACGGUUCCUGAAUUCCUAUCACGGCUUGCGAGUGAAUGGCAGGGUAUUUGGCUUCAGGCUCCUCAUCCUCCAUUGGUGGCUAAUCUUUGGGCAAAGCUCGCACUCCCAUCUCCGAUCUUAAUGUCUGUGAUGUUCAUGUGUGUUGCCAGACGCCUUCAUCAUGAAACAUAUAUCAAGCCCCUGCUGGAGUUGUUUUGGCAAGACGUGGAAUCCUUUAAGCGGUGUAAAGACGCAGGAAUCCCAGACACAACUCAGCAGGCUCUCAACUGGAACUUCAUCCAAGAGUACCUCAAGUUUCCUCGUUUGUCUGGUAGUUCGUCUCAGACACUCUCUUCUCCUCACCCCGCGCAUCCUAGACAGAGUGAAUCUAUGCCUCAAUCUACUUUAGCGACAUCGUCGCCCAAUCCCAGACCUUCGAUUGCUGGUAAUCAGCCUAUCAAUGUACCCCCAACCCCAGCUGCAUCAUAUAGGAACUAUAUGCCAAAUGCACCACAGGGCCAGGUCGCAGGUCCAGUUGCUGUGGCCUACCAGGAUUCUGUGCCAGCUCCACAACUGCAGAAUCCCUCACAAUAUCGUCAGUACAAUCCCAUACUGCAUGGUCAUGGACAGGAUCACGGACAGGAUCAGGGACAGUGGCACCAGAUACAUCCACAAAUGCAGCAGAUGCAACAAAUACAUCCAAUGCAACCAAUGCGAGGCCAGUUAGCUCUUGGUCAGGUACAUCCUUCUCGGAUACAUCACAUCCCACAAUUUCCACAGGAACAACGAAUGCAACGCCAACCCGUGAUGCCUACCUUGUCGACACCACAUAACCCGCCUCUGCAAUCGAUUGCGGUCAACUCCGCACAGUCGGCGCAGUCAAUUCACGGUUCCUCACCCAUGUCCACCUCCGUCGUGACCACGCCCUUAUCUGCUGCACCCAUAUCAAAUCACAUGGUCCAGCACCUAAUCCCACAGCGGUCUUCUAAUUCUCUCAAUCGCCAACACUCGCUCGCUUCCCAGCCAUCUGCUUUCCCGGUCGUACAUGCGCCACCCCAGAUACCCAAUUUCCAGAAUUUACCCCACUCGCCUUUGCUGCCUGCACCUGGCUGGAGAGCACCAAUAACGGUGAAUCCUGUCCCAAUGCGGCUAGGGUUGCAUCUAGCUGAUCUUCGCGAUCCAAUGAAGAAGCUGGUGAAGCACGAUUCAGAUGGAAAAGAGAUGUCAACUGAAUUAUUCUCCUAUCUGGACUCCUUCAUUGUGCAGCCAACAAUCAUCAAGCCUGACCAGCCAAUCUACACCUGGGCCUUUCCUCUCACAAGCGAUGAAUGCGAAAAGUUCCCAAGCAUCGUUCAGGGGAAAGAGGGUCGGUGUUCAGUCUGGACCUUCAAGCCUGGCUGCCGGACUUAUCGCUUACGGUGCAUUCGUGUGCCUGGCACACCAGCUACUGUAAAUGACCGCACAUGGUCUGUCAUGGCCACCUUCUGGCCCAGCGUGUUUUAUGUCACAGUGAAUGACAAAGAGCUCUACGUACGCCGAAAAGUUCACAACGGCAAAGAUCUACCCCUGGAUAUCACUGAGUACCUUCGCAGUGGCGAGAACAACGUACGAGUUGAUUUCAUCCUAGGACAGGAUGAAUGUAAGAGCUUGAAAUAUGUCUUCGCAGUGGAAGCUAUGGAGGUCGCCGAGUUUGACCAGGUCCUCAGCUUGGUUCAAUCCAUCCCUGCUGCCAAAUCUCGCGCAGAUAUCCAAAAGCGUCUUUCCCCUGUCACCAAUGAUGACGAGCUGGCCGUUGUCACCGACAACCUCACAAUCGGCCUCGUAGACCCCUUCAUGGCGCGCAUAUUUGACAUCCCCGUUCGCUCUCGAAACUGUGGGCACCCCGAGUGUUUCGAUCGCGACACUUAUAUCCGAACCCGCCAGUCUGAAUCUGGCCCAACACCGAUGAUCGACAACUGGCGCUGCCCGAUUUGCAAAACAGAUGCACGUCCGCAGUCCUUAGUGGUUGAUCAAUUCCUCGCCGAGGUCCACGCCGAGCUCGCUCGUACAAACAGACUUGACAUGGCAAAAGCAAUCCAGAUCAAAGCCGACGGUACAUGGACACUCAAGGUUGAUUCUGAUGAAACUUCACCCGGCGCAGAUAAACACCUUGCUUCAGGCUCAACCGCCGUGAAGCGCAAGGCUGGUAGCCUGAGUAGUUCUCCUUAUCACUCCGGACCGCGCUCCAAGACUGAAACGUCAAGCGCUCGGCCGAGCCCGACUAUCCGCACCCAAGAACCUACGGUCAUCGAACUGGACUGA